CCGCCAUGCUGCUUUGUUUACAUGUGGUGCGCAUGCGCAGAAGACUGUGGCUGUUGUGAUGUUUGACGUGAGCAGGUUUCCCCCUGGAGGAGGGAGGAGGAACUACGGGAAGAAGAAGAUGAAGAAGAAACUGCUAAUGAUUUAAAGAUGCAGCAGCAUAAAAACUAAAGAAUGGAACUCAGAAAUCUCUUCAGGUGAGUUUCAGGUGCAGCAGCUGAUUCUUCACAGACUCUGAGUGUCUGAUUGGAUGCAGCUGAGCAGCUUCACCUGGAAGCUCCUGAAGAUCCUGGACCAGGUGGACCAGGUCAGAUGUGGAGUCAUGGAUGAGUCGGCGUUGGAGCGUUACUUCGAUGACUCCAUAGCAAAUGACUCUGCCUUCAUAUUGGGGGAGGAGCUUGGCCUCCAAAGCCCCGCCCCUCUGCUGCAUGACUCCACCCCCUCUGUGCAGAACUCCUCCUUCCUGUCUACGAAGUCUGAACGUAGCAGCGAGCUGGGCGAUGAGCUCGACCUCAGCUUCCUGCCCGAUGACCUCAGCACCCAGGAGGAGCCCAGUCAGGAUGACACAGCAGGCAGUCAGACUUCAGUUCUGGACAUGUCUCAGGACAGCGGCAUUGGGGUGAACUUCACCUCCCAGGAUUCCGCUGCAGCCGAACCCCGGCAGGAAGCCUCUGUGUCGGGGUUGAGGACCAUAGUGUCCCCCUUCUGUCCGAUGACCCCGAUGACCCCGAUGACCCCGAUGACCCCUGUGACGGAGAGAUCAGGAAUCAUCCCACAGCUGCAGAACAUCGUCUCCACGGUGAACCUCGGCUGUCCUCUGGAUCUAAAGUUCAUCGCCCUGCAGGCCAGAAACGCAGAGUACAACCCAAAGCGUUUCGCGGCGGUCAUCAUGAGGAUCCGUGAACCGCGAACGACAGCACUGAUCUUCAGCUCAGGGAAGAUGGUCUGUACUGGAGCCAAGAGUGAGGAGCAGUCUCGGCUGGCAGCCCGUAAAUACGCCCGGGUGGUUCAGAAGCUCGGCUUCCCCGCUCGAUUCCUGGACUUCAAGAUCCAGAACAUGGUGGCCAGCUGUGACGUCUGUUUCCCCAUCAGACUGGAAGGACUGGUUCUGACCCACCAGCAGUUCAGCAGUUAUGAACCUGAGCUGUUUCCCGGCCUCAUCUACCGGAUGGUGAAACCUCGUAUCGUCCUGCUCAUCUUCGUGUCGGGGAAAGUGGUUCUGACCGGAGCUAAAGAGCGAGCUGAGAUCUACGAGGCGUUUGAGAACAUUUAUCCGAUCCUGAAGGGCUUCAGGAAGCAGUGAGGACUCGUCUGUUCAGUAUUUAUGUUUUAUUUUGUGUCUCAGCUGUUGGAUGGGAAACAUUCAGUAGUUUGUUUUACAGUUUCACCGUCCUGAGAGAAAAUAAAUGACAGUUUUCUAAGAAAAAUCUCUGCACAGAAAACUCCAGAUCUGUUUCUUCUAAAUCGGACUUCAAUGUUUAAAAUACCCCUAAAAAUCAUAUUUGAUUUCUUAGAAAAAUCCGUGUUGGUGUUAAUAAGUGAAUCUGGAUAAAUCUGACUUUCUAUACAUUUAAAAAACAUCCAACAGAAACUUUUCCAUCUUUAAAACACAUUUAUUCAGAGAUAUUGUUUUUCCCAGGAUGAUAUUAUUAGUAAUCAAAAAGAUUGAUAACUGAUAUUUAAAAUAACCUUCAGAUGUGCUAAACCUUUAUUAUAUUUGUCAAAACAAAUUUUUUAAUUUUAAUUGAUUUAUUAAAUUUAUUUAAUUUAAUUGCUUUUUUAAACCACAUUAGAGCAGCUCUGGAUUAAAGCCAACCACAGCUGGACCUCAUGAUCAGCGAGAAUUUGUUUAAAUAAAAAAAAAAAUUGUUCUUAUAAAACCUAAAAGUCACGUUACUUUUUACAGAACAUUUAAAACAAUAGAUGUCGAGAAAAACUGAUUUUCAUCAGAUGAACAUUUAAAAAUGACCUAGUAAGUUUAAAUCUUAAUGUUAAGACCCUGUCGUGGUUAUCUUAAGUUCUGUAGCUCUUUCCUUAAUUCUCUUCUCUUUCUUGUUUCCAUAACCACUUCAUGAGCGAGAGGCGAGAUAUCGUUUUACGCGCUUUAUUAAGCAACAUCAUCACAAGAACGAAGAUAAUGAUGACAAUGACGACGGUAAAACUACCGUGUUGCUCCGCUCCCGCUCGUUUACUGAAAACAAAAACAUAACUUCCGGCCACAUCUUCUUCGUGGCUGCAUUACAAGCCUACGGAAGCCUAACAGGAUAACAAUUAAGUCGAACACUUUAAUCAUCUCAAUUUACAAAAAUCUGCAUUUCAGCACCGAAAAUGAUAAUUUAUUAAAUUAAAACAGGACUGCGAAAAUGGCGCUUCCAGACCCUGUAAUAUAUUUAUUAUGUAAAUUUACCAGACUAAUUUAAAUAAUUUGAUAUUAAAGUUAAUAUUCUACAAUACUAUUAAUUACGUAAGUUUACCUGACUAAUUUAAACUGCCGUUUAGAUGGUUCAAUAUCAUUAAUUCUAUAAGUUUACCUACUACUAAUAUAAAUAUUUUAUAUUAUACCAUUUAAUCUUAUAUAUCAUGUAAAUUUACCAAACUAAUUUAAAUAACUAGAUAUUAAAUAAAAAUUAAUCAUAUAAAAAGUUAGGACAUUAUAAUACUAGUAUUAUACAGAUUUUCC